AAUUGAUAUAUAAUUCCGUGGUCACACUGACGACAACAAAAUAGGAAAAUUAUCUUUAUUUAUUUAUUUAGGCUAAGAAAAUAAGAGCUGCGAGAUGACUGAAACUAAGGCCAAUCCCUUCGACAUGGAUAGCUCCAGUUUCGAUGCGGAAAAGUAUCUGGAAAGGCUGCUGAAGGAUUGUUCCCUAAGGCAAAUUAUGGAUACGGAGGCGGCAGUGGUGAAGGACACCCAGACAUUGCAUUCGGAUAUGCAGACUUUGGUCUACGAGAACUACAACAAAUUCAUCUCGGCCACGGACACGAUUCGCCGGAUGAAGGACGAUUUCAAGCUGAUGGAAACGGAUGUGAAUCUGCUAAUGACCAAGAUGCAAUCCAUCACCACUUUCAGCGAGCAGAUUACCGGAACCCUGCAGGGAACCAGGUCGCAGCUGUGCCGCCUUUCCGAGAAACAUUCGCUGCUCAAGCGGCUGCAGUUCCUCUCCACACUGCCAGCCAAAUUGAAAUCCCUGAUCGAGGAGCAAAACUACGCCCAGGCUGUUCAGGAUUACCUGCAUGCCCAAAAGGUGUUUGCCCAGUACGGACGGCAGCCGUCUUUCGACGGAAUACAGCGGGAUUGCGACGCAAUCAUGGCGGAUCUGAAGGAACAAUUGAGGAAGGACUUUCAAAGAGCGGGGAAUACGGCCCAGUCGCUGACGGAAAUCGGGGAGCUGCUCCUGCAGCUGGACGAGAAGACCUCCGAUCUGGCCAGCGAGAUGCUGACCUGUGCGGGCAAGCGACUGCACGAGCAGAUCGUCAUGCUGCAGGAUCAGACGGAGCGGGAUAUGCUGGAGUUCGUGGACAUGGGCAUCGAUGGUUUCCUCAACGACCUGGCGCUGGUAGUGACCUCCUACUUUGACAUGUUCGUGGCCAAGCAUUACGAAAAAGAACGCGACGACUUCCAGGAAAACGCACUACAGGAACUAAAUGUCUUCCUCAACCAGAGCAUCGACAAGUAUCUGACUCUUGUCCAGGAUCGCGUUGAAUCCGACAUUGGCUACGGGGACACACAGGUGAUGCUGCGCGCUCUGGAUCGACUUCACAGACGCCUUCAAGCCAUGCGUAAUAUCUGCCGCGGCUUGGAGGUUCAACGCAACACCGUCUCCAUUAUUAUAUCGGCUGCCCACCAACUCUGCGAUGCCCACGCGAAAAACCUGAAGGAUCACUUUGCCGAUAGCCUGAGCGCGGUUCGGUUGUCCCUGGUUUCCGCCAAGAGCGAUGCAGCUGCUGGUCUAAAUCUCAGUGACCUGAUCAGUAACCUGUAUGUGGCCAUGGUGGAGAAGAUCAAAGGCGUGCUGCAGGAUUUGCUCAUAUUUCUGCGUACAGACUGGUCGUUUAACAUCAAGGCGGAGCACAAAGGAACCCUGUGCGUAGAGGGCAUUCGGGAGAACUUACUAAUCGGCUUUCUGCGGCACAUUGCAAAAGUGAUGUGCGGUUUCGGCGAUGCUUCCAGCUCCAGUCCACCGAAUCUGUUGCUAGUGCUGUCCAAAACGUGUCUUGAACUCGAGCAGCAGGGCGUCCACAUACUGAUUGCCCUUGUGGAUGACCUAUACGAAAUCGACUCGGAGAACAGUGCUACACUUACCCACGAAACUGAAAUAUGUGCGGAAAUGCGGGAGACGGCACAGGCACUCCUUGAUUCCUAUGUACGGCUGCAGGGCACCAAUAUCUCGCAAAUGCUGCGCAAGAGCGUCGAGACAAGAGAUUGGCUAAACUGUCUGGAACCUCGCUCCGUGCGGGCAGUGAUGAAGCGCGUGGUGGAGGAGCUUGGCAGCAUCGAAACUGUGGUGGCAAGUCUUUAUGAGGCAGCCACGAAUACAGCUUCAGGAUUCCGCACCACCGCCAGCAGUGAUUCCAGCCGCAAAACGUACUUCAGUAACUUCGCUUCCACAUCCAAGCCACAAUAUCGAUCCAACUGGUCAAAUUACACACCUUCCCAGCUGGAAUCCAGCUAUGUGUCCAACAUACACCGCUUGUUUUCGGAGCGAGUUGAGAUCUUUACUUCGGUGGAGUUCACUAAGGCCUCGAUUGUGAUGGGCAUAAUUAAAAUUGGUCUCAAAACCCUGCUGGAAUGCGUACGGCUAAGAACUUUCAGUAAAUACGGACUGCAGCAGAUUCAGGUAGAUGCCCACUACCUGCAAAUGAAUCUCUGGCGGUUUGUUAGCGACGAAAAUCUGGUCAACUUCCUGCUGGACGAGAUCCUAGGCUCAGCCGUCCAACGAUGCUUGGAAUCUGUCCUAAUGGAGCCCAACGCUGUGGAAAUUAUUUGUGAACGGGGUUAGUAUUGGUUCCAAAACUAAAGCAACAUUCCUCU